AGUGAGUUUGGGGAGAGCGAUGCGAGUGAGGGAUUGGCUCUAGUCGCGGCUGUGUCCGCGGCUCGAGAUCGUAGCACUUUAGCAAGCUAAGAGCAGACGGUACUUACAUAGCAUUGGCACAUUGUUCGACUCCGUAGACAUGCGAGUGGUCCAGAGCAAAUCGCUCGUCGGCCUUCCCGAACGUCUCAGCCUCAUCGCCGCUAGGACUGGCUUAGCGAGAGGCUGAGGCUGGACCACCGCGUGACAGCUCAGCCUCGACCUUCUACUGUCAAUCUACACAACACCUCCCCCGCAAUCGAGGAGCAAAACAGCACAUAAGGCCGAAGUAAUUGACCUCAGGAACCCAGGCAGAGUCCUCAAAAACACAGACCCCAAGGUACGGAGGACCCCCACCCACAAGGCCGAGUAGUCCCGCUAUCCGCCUGCACGCACCCUCCGGCUCCCUAGGCGUCACUGCCUCCUGCUCUGGGCACCUGACGCUGCCAUGAUCGAAUCCAAGGCUCGGAUAUCUUCCAAGAAUUUGCAGUGCCUAGGAAGAGGCCCUUCUUUUCCGGAGCGUGAGCUCGCAGGCGGUCUGAAUGGACUGCGGCUUGGCGAGCGCAAAGCCGACAAUGCUCUGGAUCUCCAGCGCGGCAAGAAGGAUGCCCCGGAUUUGAAGUUCGCUUUGGAGAAGCCGCGGUUUCGCAUCGGACUCCCUUCCAUGAAUGGAGCCAUCGUUAGUACUGGUUCGAAUCACUCGUCCGCGGCUGAGGUUGACGGUGCAAAGCUUCCUGCCGCUUCUUUCGGCAGUGCAAAUACUUCGGAGGCUGCGGUGCUAGGAACAAGGCAGACCCCGACACUCCCUGACGUUGGCACUUUGGAGAGUUCGCUCCGAUCGAUGCUCAACCUCUCCCAGCCGGGCGCAAGCACACCACUCGACCACCAAAGAAGACCGACUCCAAACUCGCCCUUAGGGUCUAGUCAGCUGCUUUGGCCCGGUAGAGCACCCACACUCAACUCUCUCCCAAUACCCAGCUUUCUCUCCAAGGCUAAUCCACCCUGGGUGGCCGGGGAAGGUUCAUCGGACCCGCCGGUUUCGUUGCCGAAAGGAGGCUUCAAUUCUUCGGUGCCUUCAUCGGCCAAGCCUUACUCGCCUAUUUCGACCUCUCUGGUGCCUGGUGUUAUUUGCCCUCUUUGCUACAACAAAGAGUACUGGUACUUUCCCUCAGAAAGCGAAUUCAGGCGGCACGUUGCCCAGCUCCAUCCUUCCGAAGACGUCCAAGACCUUCUCCGACGGUACGAUUAGCUCCGUUUUAUGCGUUAUAGCUACUAAACUCUUCGUCUUAGAUUGCCACCGCCAUCGCAACUACUACCGCGCCUCUACGGCAUCGGAGCUGGCCACGGUACGCCCAUAUUUCCCGGGCAAGGGCCGGACAACGAUAGGCCUUUCAAGUGCGACCAG